CCCCGCCCUCAGGGGGAAAAACCUGCCGCAGUAGAAGUGGUUGAGUCUGCGCACUGAAGGAUUCCUUUUGUUGAAAGACACAUAGCCUUCCACCAUGGCAGACCAUGAUCUUGACUUCACCAGUGGAGAUUCUGGCGCCUCUGCCACCUACCCAAUGCAGUGCAGCGCCCUGCGCAAGAACGGCUUCGUCGUUCUGAAGGGACGCCCGUGCAAGAUAGUGGAAAUGUCAACCUCCAAGACUGGCAAGCACGGCCAUGCCAAGGUGCAUAUGGUUGGAAUUGAUAUCUUCACUGGUAAGAAGAAUGAAGAUAUUUGUCCCUCCACACACAACAUGGAUGUCCCCAACAUCAAAAGGGUUGAUUACCAGCUGGUCAACAUUUCUGACGGGUUCCUAACCCUGAUGAAGGACAAUGGAGACCUGCGUGAGGACCUCAGGCUGCCCGAUGGUGAUCUAGGAAAAGAGAUCGAGAGCAAGUUUGAAGCUAACGAAGACAUCAUGGUCUCUGUCCUGUCUGCCAUGGGGGAGGAGUGUGCUGUCGCAGUCAAAGCCAUGACCAAGUAAAACCAAGCAAAGGGUGCAGGCUGGUUGUGCCGAUGCCUGUAACAAGAAAGUCUAAAGUGUUGGUUUUGAAAUGGCACCAAAGCCACGGCCUUGGACAAACAACCUUGAUUCCUUUCAGUUCAAAACCCAAAAACCGUGCUGGACCCUUUUCCUAUACAGUCUUCUUUAAUCUGAUGGCUGACUGACUGUGUCCCAAAACAUUCAGUACGUCUUCACAGCCCCCCCACCAACCCCUUAAAGACUCCUGCUCACCAUGUCACUCCCGCCCCUGCUCUCAUCCCAUUCCACUUGGCUUUUUGUCUAAUUAGCAUUCCUCUGACAAACUCUAAUUAACAGACAUGAAAUGUUUGUCCUUUCCCAUCACAUUAUGUGGUCAUUCCCAUUUCUUUCUGUUUUUGUUUUUGCUCUUUCAAUAUGUUUAGCUGGAUGCAUGUUUGGAUUAGAAAGCUACGAAACUCAUCCGGUUUUUGUUUUGGUUGUCAUGGCAGGCUUUAAUCCGAGCAUGGUUUGCUCUGAUUGACCCUGUCCUGUACUCACUGCCACCACCUCCGUUACCCCCAACCCCCCACCCCCCUGACCCCCUUCACAUUCCUCGGCCUACCUUCAUCAUUGAUUUUGGUCGUAGGUAGCAAGCUUUCUGGAGCAGGAACAACGGUGCAGUGAUCCAUCCUGACCGCACACACCGCCUGAACAGCGGUAGUGUUUCCCCAUAUCCAGUCUGCCUUAAAAAAGUUUUUAGUUUAGAUCAUGAAAAUGAAGGAGAAAGCAAGACCUGAAGAGUAAUCAGGUUCUAUGUUUGCCCGUGCACAAUUUACCUCUGAUUUUUGUUUUUUUCUUUCUUUCUUUUCUUUCGUUUUGUUUUUCUUACUUUCUUUUUUUGGCUAAACUGACAAAACUUACCACCAUGCUUAAAGCCUGUAUCAGUUACCUUGGUAGCCUGGUUAAUUUUCUCUCUGAAUGUUGUGCUGCCAUCUUCUUAUGGGCUUGAGGAAGACUCAGCCAAGAGUAAUGGAUAUUUGCAUUUGCAGUUUGUCACUCGAGGCCUUGUGUCACCAGACUAAGGAGAGUUAACAUGAACUGUAACACACCCCUAUCUACAUACAUUCGCACACAAGAACAGGGCUGCACGAUUUUUUUGUUUGUUUUUUUUUGUUUGUUUCUUCCGUGUUCAUUUUGAUAUUGAGCAGCAGCCUCCUUGUUUACGUUAAUGAGCGCAGUAUUGGUGUUUUGUUUAUUCGCACUGAAAACUCAUCCCACUAGUCAAGUCCAAGGAUUGCUUUCACCUACCCCAGUAGUCCUGGAUUUUUACAAAUGUGGGGAUUGCGACGAGUAUUACAGUGAUUAACUUCAGUGCUGAAAAGUGAUAAUUCCAUUCCCCUCAUCUGUAUGUCGGAAUACUAAAGAAUACCAUUCUUCAGAAAUGCAUUCGAUUUUUUUUUCCCCCUCCUAACAUGAGCUGUGGCGGCGUUUCAGUUGAUCAGUCUAGAGGCAACAGUGAUCCCAUUAGCGAUGGGUUAACACUGCAGGACCGCGACACUGAGGCAGUGUGCCCCACGCCAUACUUCAACACCAUAAACACUUAGCACUUAAUUGACUUUUUUUCGUGAAGGUUUUAUUGAAGGGGAUAGACUUCAUGGUUUGUUUUAUCUUUUCGGUCGUUGUGUAAUAUUUAAGUCAUGUAGCUCAAGUUUUAAAUGGUGGUCGUUCAUUCUGUGAGCACUUGAUGUUCAAAAGAAUAUUUCUUUUUUUUGAGUCCUCGGUUUGGUACCGUAUCACUUAGGUUCUCACAAAAGUGUAUACAAGUUUGUAACCCCCACCAAAAAUAAACUUCCUUCAAAAUGUAGAA